AUGCUGAAGGCCAUCGUCGUCGCGGCACUUGCUAUCGAUGCAUCAGCAAUGCCUACUGGCAAUGUCGAGCGUGACUACAACACCAAUCUCGAGGUCAAAUUUUCGGUCGCAGAUGGCUUUCUGGAUACACCCAUCGAUGGCCGCAUCGUGUUGAUGUUCGCACCUAGCGAAAUGAAUCCUCUAGAAGACACGGAUGUCACUUCCUCUCCCAACAAGAUUUUCGGCAAGAACGUGUAUGACUUUGGCCCGAAGAACACGGUCAUACUCUCGGGAGGAAACAAUGACAGUACCGCGACUAAUGUUUUCGGGUGGCCAAAUGUUAGCAUGAGCGAUGUCGAGCCAGGCACUUACAGUGUGCAAGCGUUCCUCACCAGGUACGAGACGGUGACCCGCAGCGAUGGAUCAAUAGUAAGCCUUCGAUUUCCAUGCGGCGAUGGCGGGCUAAAUGUCAAUGGCUUUGGUAGCUUGACAACGUCUACUACCGACAUUGAAAUCACCGGGGGCGCGCAGACUGUCGAUCUGGUCUUCAAUAAAAUAACAGCUGUGGAGGCCUUCACUGGCAAGGAGAUUGGAGGAUGCAACCAAGGCAACUACGAAGACACCGAAACGCUCAAGCACAUUAAGGUCCGCAGCAAGAGAUUGAGCAAAUUUUGGGGUCGCGACGUGUAUGUCGGAGCUAACGUUAUCCUGCCCGCUGGUUAUGAUGCGAACGACACCAAGACACGUUACCCCGUCAUCUACAACCAAGGUCAUUGGCCAGCCGGUCAAGGAGCCUACAACUAUGGGGACGACGAGAACUUCACAGCAGCUUGGGACUCGGGGAUCAUCCCGGCCUCCAACACAACAGCCGAACUUCCAACGCCCAAGUUCAUCGUCGUCACGUUCCGCCACGAAGCGCCUUACUACGACGACUCUUAUGCAGUCAACACGGCAAAUCUCGGGCCUUACGGUGACGCGAUCAACGAAGAGCUAAUCCCACAUAUUGAAGACACCUUCCAUACCAUCCGUGCGCCGUACGCACGUGUCCAGGAUGGCGGAAGCACCGGCGGGUGGGAAAGCAUCGCCAACGUCAUCUACCGUCCCGACCUCUUUGGUGUUUGUUUUUCAUCGUACCCCGACUCCUUGGACUUCCAUCGUCACCAGGACAUCGAACUGUACACUGCCACAAAUGCAUACCAGCGUGCCAACGGCAGCUUCGUGCCCAGCAUCCGCACAUUCGUGAACGAUACUCAGAAGGUACUGGCGACUGUCGCGCAAGAGAACCAUUGGGAACUCACAUUCGGUACAUCAUCCCGCUCAUUCAAUCAGUGGGAUGUCUGGAACGCCGUCUUUGGUGUACAAGGCUACAAUGGCUACCCGCUCGAGCCAUGGGAUAAAGUGACUGGCGAAAUAUACCCUGAGGCAGUAGCGUACUGGAAGCCGUUCGACCUCAGCGAUUACAUCGUCACGAACUUCAACUCUUCGCGCAACCUUGGCGCCGCACUUGCUGGUCGAAUCUUCAUCUACGUUGGCACGUGGGACAAUUAUUUUCUCAACGAAGGUGUCAUAGAGUUCCAGAAGCGCACUGAUGCUGUUGGUGGACUUGGAUGGGCGAACGUCACGAUCUUGCCUGAGAAGCCGCAUGGUGGAAAUUAUCAGACUCGUGAGAUCUGGGAUUACCUGAAGUUGGUGGAACGUUGGGUUAAAGACCAUGCUCCUGAUGGUUCGAACCCACUGUCAUCUUCCUCUACUGCCCCUUCUACUCGUGGAAACGUGUGGGAAGACGUUGUCGCAUACGGUGGACGCGGAGCUGCGGUCAAACGUCAAGCGGACCCCAAGAUUAAGGCUGACAAAGCCAAGGUGGGUGGAGAGAUCAUUGCCAGUGUGGGUCGGUGGGAUCCUGGUGUCAGGCUCUCAGCGCAAUGGAUCCUGAAUAGCAAGCCUGCAUGCGAGUAUUUCCGAGUUGAGCAAGGGGAAAGUGUAAACUACACACCGACCGCGAAGGGUCAUGUACAGCUCCUUGUUACUGGUGAAAAGCGGAAUUAUGUGACAGAGACAAGGAAGAGUCAGAGAGUGCUUGUUGGGAAGUAGAGAUUUGGACAGUGCAACAGUCAGAC